AUGGCCAGCUUGGUGUUUUACUUGGUGGUUUUACCACCUUUACCUCGACGUGGUAAUUUGUUCCAGGUGCUAUAUUUGUUGCGGAAAAUGAGCAGGAAAACCGUGGACGCAGUUCCAGCGCUCCGAUCAGUGCUGGUCACAUCGUGUGAGACGUCUGUCGGACUACAGCUUUGUGACCGGUUCGCGGCCGCUGGUUUCCGGGUGUUUGCCGGCCACAAACCGGACAUGCGAACGGACGCGACCGAGUCUUCCGAUCACGCGCAACCGUCCAGCCYGUCAUCCAGUGCCUGCACCCUGCUCCGGUCRCGCGUAAAGCAGCGUGAAUCGGCCGCGACAGACGUUGAGCGGGCACACGGAGGUAUCGUGUUUGUGCCGUUGGACGUGACUCGUGAGGAUUCGCUCCACGAGGCAGUGGUAACCAUCAAAAGACAUUUACCCGCCGGCGAAGACGGUUUAUGGGCUGUCGUAAAUACCGCAGACGUUUGCCUGAAGGGAAGAAUCGAAAUGCAAGAGAGCGCUCAAUGGGAGACGUUAUUUAAGACUAAUGUUUUUGGAACACUCAAGACAGCCCGAACAUUUUAUCCUUUACUAGUGAGCCAAAAAGGUCGUUUUAUUAACUUCGGUACAUCCAAUGGACAUCCUCACCGACAUGGAAUGACUGCUUUUGACUCCGCGCGCCAUGCCGUGGUCGGUGCUAGCACCUCGUUAAGAGAAGACCUGAAGAAUUUGGGUGUACACAUAAUCGUUAUAAACACAAAUCAUAUUUUGCCGGAGCACAUGUUCGAACCAGUACGGUAUUCAGGCAAAUCAAACGAACAAACGCUCAAUGAAAUGUUUUUGAAAACACCUCUACCCGAGUAUGCCAUACACACACUAUUGGACGCACUACUCGAGUCCAAUCCGAAACCCGUGUACGGUUUUGAAAAACCAUCGAUGUUCAAUUGCAAUAGCUUUUCAAAAAAAAUUUUGAAAUCCGAACGCUAUGUUGGAUAUGAAAAUAUUUAGUAUAACACCUUUGCCCAAGUUCCAACUAARUGUACAAAWUCUAACAGGCAAUGAAUUAGAACUAAUUAAAGUUCCAUUAUUAUUUUAUUAUCAUAACAUUAAAUAUUUAUACAAUAUUAUUUAAAUGUUAUCCAAAGAACAUUAUUUAA